UCGAUUCCAGCCGUUGCCGCAUCCACUUCGCAGUCUAUCUUUAUCUGACGAAUGCAAUUUACAACUUGUUUCGCUCGCACUAUUUAUAUUUGUUUACCGUUCGGUGUGCAUUACACGCUGGCAUGUGCCUGUGUGCGGGAGAGGCUGAGCUGUUUGUGUGCCGGCUUAAUGAUAAUUAAAAGCUCGAAAAAAAUAUCUCAAACCAAGUCUACAGACCAUGAGCUACCUAUUAUUCAUUCCAAAGGAUUUGAAUGGGACUAACCAUUUAUGGAGUGGAUCCGUGUAAACUAUGCCAGUAUACUAGAUAAACCGCUUCAUGUCCUGCUUCAGCUGGCAGACAAAGUUUGUCGGGCAAUCCCAGUUGUCGGCAGUAAGACCCAUGUGAAAUGCCUUAUGAAAAAUUCAACAAAAAGCGCCGACAAUGGGAGGAUAGUGGUGUGCUAGAGCUGAUUAAACUAUGGAAAGUCUGCGCCUAUGAGCUGCGCACGAUCAAACGCAAUGGCCAUCUCUAUGUGGCAAUGGCCAAGCAGCUAACCUCGCUGGGCGUCCCUGUUACCGCACUAGAGGUUCACUUCAAAGUCAACAAUCUCACGCAGCGCUACCGACAGGAGCAAAAGACUUUUGAGACGACAGGCAUAAUCAGCACCUGGAAGUUUUACAGUCAAGUGGAUGAUGUAUUCAAGAGUCUGGCCGCGCACACCGGUUACAAAGACAAACGCAUGACAAGUGCAUCCAAUACUAGCAGCUUACCAUCUACAUCCGAGUCACCAGUUUGGAAAAAUCCAAUGUCUCAGCAAGAGUUUAAUAGCAACAACACGGAGGGGUUCUACAAGACCGAGUAUGGUAUGCACCGGCACUUUAUGGACCACUCCCAACCGCCGCCAAAUGCAGGCAGCGUGGACAACUUCAUGGCCUCCUCAGCCGCCGUGGCGGCGGUGGCUGCCGCUGCUUCGGCCCGCCUGGCAGAUAACAACAUGGAUCAGCAAAUGAAUACGGCGGCGGGAGGAAGCGGAACGGCUGGCGGAGGCGGUGGUGGGAACACCAAUGGGGGCGUGGGCAACUACCAGAAGAUCAAGAAGUCGCACGAGGACUACGACAAGUUUGUGGACAUCGUUAAGAACAUUGUAGACACCCACAAAACCACUCCGGAUAAGGUGGACACGUUCGGGGACUUCAUCAAGUCGUACAUGAAACGCUGGCCGGAAAGGCUGCAGGACGAGGCCAUCAACCACAUCACCAACUACGUGAUCGUGAAGAACAUGGAGCACAGCAUGGUCAGCAGUCACAACCCCGAGGGGGUCAACAACCGACAAUAACAAUACAAGCAGGAGCCCAACAACUGAGCGGGUUGUUGGACGAGGCAGCUCCAGGAACCAGGCACCGAAGACGAACGAAGUGAAACGACAGGCGAGGAUUACUUAAGGUGGCACGCAGUUACUUAACCGCAUCUGAGUUGCAGCCAAGUUUAUUGGGACAAACACACACGGCAUACAGUAUUUUUUGUAUAGUUAAAAUAUACAUUGGAGUUUUAGUUCUCGGCGAUCAUCUCCUCGAUGCAGAGUUGACUUCCGUAUUGGGGGGACAUGGUCAAUCGUACAUAGAGAUCCUAGCGAGUACGUUACAUUUAGAAACCAUUUCCUACUGUUAGCUGUAAACUAUUAUACAUAAAUUAAUAAAUGCUUUAACGAUUAUUUAUGAA